GAGUAAAUGAGUAAGACAGGGGUGUAUUUGUCCAAUAGAGCACAAAAUUCAACAUUAGGGUUUUAUUCCAAAAUCUGGUGUAUUUCUUCUUCUUCUUCUUCGCUUGCCGUCAUCGUCGCCUGCAACUUCUCACCGUGGUUUAACUGAUUGAGGUACUGUGAAGAUGAGGCCGAUAUUAAUGAAGGGACAUGAACGUCCAUUGACCUUCCUAAGGUACAAUAGAGAUGGUGAUCUGCUAUUCUCCUGCGCGAAAGAUCACACUCCCACUCUCUGGUAUGCCGAUAACGGUGAACGCCACGGAACCUACCGUGGCCACAAUGGUGCUGUUUGGUCUUGUGAUGUCUCAAGAGACUCUUCGAGAUUGAUAACUGGUAGUGCUGAUCAGACUGCAAAGAUAUGGGAGGUGAAAACUGGAAGACAGUUGUUCUCAUUCAAAUUUGGUUCUCCGGCUAGGUCUGUGGACUUUUCCGUAGGAGAUAAGCUUGCAGUGAUUACCACUGAUCCAUUCAUGGAACGUACUUCUGCUAUUCAUGUGAAACGCAUCGCUGAAGAUCCCGAAGACCAGAUUGAUGAUUCUGUGCUUAUCCUUCAAAAUCCUGACGGGAAAAAGAGGAUAAACAGAGCUGUUUGGGGACCCUUGAACGAAACCAUUGUGAGUGGUGGUGAAGAUGCUGUAAUCAGGGUCUGGGAUACCGAGACCGGAAAACUGAUCAAGGAAUCAAAUGAGGAAGAGGGUCAUAAGAAGACAAUUACAUCGCUCUGUAAAGCAGCUGAUGAUUCUCACUUCAUUACAGGUUCACUUGACAAAACUGCAAAGCUGUGGGACAUGAGAACGUUGACUCUUAUUAAGACUUACACAACAGGAGUGCCCGUGAAUGCUGUCGCCAUGUCUCCACUUCUCAACCAUGUUGUGCUUGGAGGUGGUCAAGAUGCAUCAGCUGUUACAACCACUGAUCAUCGUGCUGGGAAGUUCGAGGCUAAAUUUUAUGACAAGAUUCUGCAAGAGGAAAUUGGUGGUGUUAAAGGUCAUUUUGGACCUAUAAAUGCGUUGGCAUUCAAUCCUGAUGGAAAGAGUUUCUCUAGUGGAGGUGAAGAUGGAUACGUUAGAUUGCAUCACUUUGACUCUGAUUACUUCAACAUCAAGAUUUAGAUCUUUCUGAAACAAAUCUCUAGUCCGGAUUUUGUUCCAUCUUUUCAACAUCAUACUAUUUUAAUUUACUACCUAUACUUUUAUGAUGUUUAGCUUUCGAAUUUUGGCUCGAAUCCUUUUGUUCAUUUCAAACUUUAUGAAUUACAAAGUCAUUAACCUGCGCAGCUCCUCUA